GACUACUUCCGGUGCUGUGAGGGCUCGGGGCUGACGCGGGAUAAUUCCUGUCCUGCAAUUACUUUGGAUGGAAGUAUGCUUUUUCCCCCAGUAGAAGAUGGUAAUCUCAGAGAAUGACCAUGGAGAAGGGGAUGAGUUCUGGAGAAGGGCUGCCAUCCAGAUCAUCUCAGGUUUCAGCUGUUAAAAUAACAGCCAAAGAGUUGGAAACAAAGCAGCCUCAUAAAGAGAAACGAGGGGGCUUUGUAUUGGUGCAUGCAGGUGCAGGUUAUCAUUCUGAAUCCAAAGCGAAGGAAUAUAAACAUGUAUGCAAACGAGCUUGUCAGAAGGCAAUUGAAAAGUUGCAGGCUGGUGCUCUUGCGACAGAUGCAGUGACUGCAGCUCUGGUGGAACUUGAGGAUUCUCCUUUUACAAAUGCGGGAAUGGGAUCUAAUCUAAAUCUCUUGGGUGAAAUUGAGUGUGAUGCUAGCAUAAUGGAUGGAAAAUCCUUAAAUUUUGGAGCUGUUGGAGCACUAAGUGGCAUCAAGAAUCCAGUCUCAGUUGCGAACAGACUCUUGUGUGAAGGGCAAAAGGGCAAGCUCUCUGCUGGCCGCAUUCCUCCCUGCUUUUUAGUUGGAGAAGGAGCCUACAGAUGGGCAGUAGAUCAUGGAAUACCCUCCUGCCCGCCUAACAUCAUGACCACAAGAUUCAGUUUAGCUGCAUUUAAAAGAAACAAGAGGAAACUAGAACUGGCAGAAAGGGUGGAAACAGAUUUCAUUCAACUAAAGAAACGAAGACAAUCAAGUGAAAAGGAGAAUGACUCAGGCACUUUGGAUACAGUGGGCGCUGUGGUUGUGGAUCAUGAAGGGAAUGUUGCUGCUGCUGUCUCUAGUGGAGGCUUGGCCUUGAAACAUCCAGGGAGAGUUGGGCAGGCUGCUCAUUAUGGAUGUGGCUGCUGGGCUGAAAAUACCGGAACAUAUAAUCCCUAUUCCACAGCUGUGAGUACCUCAGGAUGUGGGGAGCAUCUUGUGCGUACCAUACUGGCUAGAGAAUGUUCACAUGCUUUACAAGCUGAAGAUGCUCACCAAGCCCUCUUGGAGACUAUGCAAAACAAGUUUAUCAGUUCACCUUUCUUGGCCAGUGAAGACGGAGUGCUGGGAGGUGUGAUUGUUCUCCGAUCUUGCAGAUGUUCUGCAGAGCCUGACUCCACCCAGAACAAGCAGACACUUCUUGUUGAAUUUCUGUGGAGCCACACGACAGAGAGCAUGUGUGUCGGAUAUAUGUCAGCCCAGGAUGGGAAAGCCAAGACUCACAUUUCAAGACUCCCACCUGGUGCAGUGGCAGGACAGUCCGUGGCAAUCGAAGGUGGAGUUUGCCGCCUGGAAAGCCCAGUGAAUUGACCCUUCAGGUUGAGUCUGAAGCACAUGAGAGGCAUUUCAGAACCUGAGCUUUGGGGAGUUUUUAGCUGAAGUUGGGUAUUUUAUCUUCCUCGUUUUAUAAUUCCUGUUGUAGCCUUGAGCACUGCUUGCAACACUAGUGCUGCUGUUGAUAGCACUUAGUGGCAUGCGGGACUUUGGCAGGUGAGUGGGACUGAGAGAGAGAGAGAGAGAGAGAGAGUGUGUGGGUGUGGGGGUGUGUGCUUGCUUCCCUUUGAUGAAAUAAAAGCCCCUUCUUAUUGUAUGACCUAAGACCGGGAAUGAUUAAAUCAUAUUACAAAAUGUGUAGUUUAACUGUUUACAAGUAAAACCUAAAGAGUUGCAGAAAACAUUUUUGAUUUCAUAAAGAGUUACCAGCUGUCUUUGAUGUCAUGUGUCUGAAAUGAAGAGUAAUCUGUUUGUUUCAAUGAUUUGACAGUGGUAGUGCUCCAUUUAAUAAAGUAAUAUGUAAUAAAGUGUUUUUAUUUGUUAACCAGUUUAAGUGUAUCCUGUGGUAACUUAAACUGUAGCUCUCAUCCCUCAUAUGGGGCAUUUUUCUUUAAAAAACAAUGGUUUCAGUGAAACAAACUAGCAGAGAAAAAUUAAGGUCAGAACCUUUUUAAAUAAUAGUCUUAUUGAUAUAAAGUCUGUACUUAUUAUUCCUCAAGAUUUUCUAAGCUUAAAUACUGCAUAACUUCGAGCUGUAUGUACUGUAUUAUGAAAGACUAUAAAGAGAACAUACAGUAAUGAAUGCACAGUCCUUAAUUUGUGAAUAGUGGAAUGUUAUUUACAAUGUAACACUGUAAAUAAGAAAGCAAAAUUUAUGGGAAAAUUCAAUAUUAUCUUUGUUUCUUGUUUAAAUAUAUUUUUAAGAUAAAGGCAUAAAAAUAAAAAAAAGCAUAUUACUGUGUAUAGUGUGUAACUCCUCUUCUCAGACUAAUAAAUUAUCUUUUGAAUCCU